AUGAGCGGCAGGGGCGUCGCGAAGAGGCUGCAGGUCCCAGCACGUCGCUUACUGGAUGUCGUAGCUGCGGGGGCGGGCGAUGUGCGAGGCUGUACAGCGCUCCGGAAUCACGCAACGUGGGUUUCGACCGCCCCGCGUAGCCCACCCAACCCGGAUCGCGAUGAGACGGAUCCCGCUAGCAUGUCGAAGGUCCCGCCGUGGGCUGCGGGCCGCACAGACGCGCGGAACACCUCCGCACGCUGCCCGGCAGCGACAGGGAGCCCACCGCACGGCUCUGUGCGGGGCAUGGCGAGCAAGCCCGGGCUCGACAACUUCCUGACGCUGGGCUCGGUGUUCGAGAUGAACAGAACCUAUUCGGAACACGACGUCCGGUCGUUCUGCGGCCUCACAGGGGACAGCAACCCGAUACACCGCGACAAAGCCACGGCCAAGUCCCGCGGUCUCCACGCCCCCAUCGUGCCCGGCCUCCUAGCUGCAGCUAUGUUCCCGGCGCUCAUCGGCACCAACGUCCCGGGGGCCGUCUACGCCUCGCAGUCCCUCAAGUUCCGCGCGCCGAUCUACGUCGGGUCGCGCGUGCGCGCGGAGAUCGAGGUGGUCAAGGAGGCGCGUCGCGGCGUCGUGCAGCUUGCGACGCGCGUGUGGGUGUGGCGGGGAACGCACCACACUGCGCUGCGCGCGACGGCCGACGGCGGCACCGCGUACACGUCCGCGGAGCGCACGAAGCACGGCGACGGCGGCAGCAGCAGCAGCGCGGAGUCGGAGACCGAGGACGAGUGGAAGCUGGCGAUCGACGGCGAGGGCCUGGUGGUUGUACCACGGGACAGUUAG